ACCAUGUCCGCAGCCCCUGCCAGCAACGGCGUCUUUGUCGUCAUCCCGCCCAGCAAUGCCAGUGGGCUCCGCCCACCUCCAGCCCUCCUGCCCACCUCCAUGUGCCAGCCUCCCGGGAUCAUGCAGCUGGAAGAGGCGCCCCUGGGGACGCACACACCCAGGGCCACCCAACCGACGGACCUGCGGCCCAUGGAGACAUUCCUGACAGGAGAGCCCAAAGCUUUAGGGACCGUGCAGAUUCUCAUCGGCCUCAUCCACCUGGGCUUCGGCAGUGUGCUGCUCAUGGUCCGCCGAGGCCACGUGGGGAUGCUCUUCAUCGAAGGUGGUGUCCCCUUCUGGGGAGGAGCCUGUUUCAUCAUCUCGGGGUCGCUGUCGGUGGCUGCCGAGAAGAGCCACACCAGCUGCCUGGUGAGGAGCAGCCUUGGUACCAACAUGCUCAGCGCCAUGGCGGCCUUUGCGGGGACAGCCAUUCUGCUUAUGGAUUUUGGGGUCACUAACUGGGACGUGGGCAGGGGCUACCUCGCCGUGCUCACCAUCUUCACAAUCCUAGAGUUCUUCAUCGCAGUCAUUGCCACCCACUUUGGGUGCCAAGCCACACGCGCUGAAGCCAACACACCUGUGAUCUUCCUGCCCAACGCCUUCAGCACAGACUUCAGCCUUCCCAGCCCAGCAGCCUCUCCGCCCCCCGCCUACGACAAUGUGGCCUAUAUGCCCAAGGAGUCCUCCGAGUAG